CUCACAUCACACAUGUUAUUAUUAUAGUAUUUUCUCAAGUAGUCAGAGGUGAUAAAUCUCCUCACCUGUAUAACAUGUUCGAAAUUAGGUACUAUUAUAUAAUUCUCACCAUAGGAAAAGAGUGCAAAAUCUGAUCCAUAGCUGCCUGCAAUUCAACAAUCUAGUAAAGCCUGGAACAAUAUUUUCGAAAAACCUAUACAGUCAUUUGAAGCACAUAAAAAAACGUGCUUCGAUCGUGUGGUUGGCCAUCACCAUAAAUGCAGUUUUUUAUGGACUGCUGCCAUUAGCCAUGCCAGGACGACAUCUACCAGAGGACAAUCAAGUAAUAUAUGGUUUGGAGCCAAUGUUUGAAUCGCCGAAUUUCGAAAUUGCGUACGUCGUGAUGGGCAUUUGCGUAUAUAUCUGCGCUCUUUUCCUAGCUAAUGUGACAGCACUUAAUUUGGUUAUUCUUGGAUAUGUCGAGGCACAAAUGAUAACCCUCAGUAUUGAGCUUCAAAACUUAUGGAAAAACGCCGACUCCUUUUGCAAAACUCAUGCACUAUCGUAUAUUCAAGACGAUGUUACGAAGAACAAAAUUAAGAACAUUUUUACGAACGAAUGUUUGAAAGAUAUAGUUCUAUUUCAUAUACAUAACGUUAGUAUUAUUAAAGAGUUUGAAGAUGUAUUUCGUGUUACAAAAGCCAUAGAAUUAAUGUGCAUUAUAUUUUCAAUUGUAACUGAAUUGUUAGGUGGCAUCGAAAACACUUAUCUACAAAUGACAUGUACGUUUGUGUUGAUAUUUAUAGAAAGUCUAGCUGGACAAAAAUUGAUGGAUGCAUCAUGUAUGUUCGAAAAAGCCGUCUAUGAUUGCAAUUGGGAAAAUUUCGAUAGGAGUAAUAUGAAAAUUGUGGCGAUAAUUUUGCCGAGCGCUCAAAAGACUUUGAAUAUAACGGCUGGCGGUAUGACCGUACUGAAUUUUACUUGUUUUCUUUCUGUAAUAAAAUUUAGUUACUCGGUAUAUAAUACUCUACGAUUGAAGGUUUGAAAAUAAUAUAUGUGUACUAGAAAUGUAAUAAUAAGUACUAUUAAUCAGCAUUUUAUAUUGGAUUUCGAAACUUUUCUUUUGAAAAUGUGUAUUUAAUAAUGUCUAUGUCCAGUACUAGCAAUUUAAUAGGCACAUUUAUAAGGUAUAAUUAGCAAGAACAUUUUCAUGCCCACAUAAUUUAAAAUUUCUAAGGCAUUUUUUUAAAAUACUACUUUAAUAAGAUAAUUAUAUACUUGUAUGUGAAGGUCCUAGGUGGUUCUGUUGAUAUUUUAGAAAUUCCCUGCAAUUGGUAUUUAUUAAAUGCUUAUUAAUAAAUAUGUAGUUUGUCACAAAUAUGCAUAUAAACUUUAAGGGUUCAUUCAUGUAAAUUUUAUACAUAUGGUGCUCUCAGCUACUUGCUUAGUACUUAGGUCAUCAUAGCCACCAAUAUGUUUCACUACUUAAGAUACAUAUAAUAACAAAUAGACAACCUGAAUUUCCCUUAAACUAUUCUUAGCUACAAAUAUUACUGAUGAUGUUUUAUUCUAUAUAGUAAUUACAACUAUAAAGUGUU